GCGCCCGUAUUUGCACGCACGCACACACCCGCCUCGCGGCCACGGGCCAGCGUCUCUCUCUCUCUUUCUCUCUCUCUCUCUUUCUCUCUCUCCCUUUCCCCGUUUUCCCUUCACACUUUCCGGUCUCACGCGCGUCCCCGGUAAACUUUUCCCCCCCGUGAAAAGUGACCGACAACUAACCGGAUUUACCGGGGUGUGACCGAGCAGCUCGCGGCCGGACCUGCCGUGAUUCACCGCCCCGUCACACACCGAGCAGCGGGCCGCAACUUUCCUCCGCCGCCCGUUACACUCUCCGGGCGGUGACGUCAGCACCGGGAAAAGUUGGGAGCGGGCCGCCGGUUCACCGGAGGAGACGAUAACCGACCGGAACCACGGCUGCUCCACUCGCGUGCCCGCUGCUCGUUGUUCGGUUGUUUUCCUGUGCACGCGGAGAUGGGGACGAUGUGAACGGGUCAGCGCGUGGCCUCCACGAGACUCACGGUUAUCUCCGGUAGAGGUGGAGUGGGUGGAGCUGAACGAUGGCGGGUGCGUCAGUGAAGGUGGCGGUGCGAGUCCGUCCAUUCAACUCCCGAGAGACGGGACGCAAUGCCAAGUGUGUGAUCCAGAUGCAGGGAAACACCACGUGUAUCUCCAACCCCAAACAACCCAAAGAUGGAGCCAAGAACUUCUCCUUUGACUAUUCCUACUGGUCACACACGACGAAUGACGACCCCGGCUUUGCGUCUCAGAGGCAGGUGUAUAAAGACAUUGGAGAGGAGAUGCUGCUUCACGCCUUUGAAGGAUACAAUGUGUGUAUUUUUGCGUACGGCCAGACUGGUGGAGGAAAGAGUUACACCAUGAUGGGCAAACAGGAGCCUGGACAGGAGGGGAUCAUCCCACAGCUCUGUGAAGAACUAUUUCAGAGAACAGGAGAAAACACAGAUCCUGACCUGACGUACUCUGUGGAGGUGUCCUACAUGGAGAUCUACUGUGAGCGGGUCAGAGAUCUACUAAACCCAAAGUCCCAGGGGACUCUGCGGGUUCGAGAGCAUCCCAUUCUGGGGCCGUAUGUGGAGGACCUGUCCAAACUCGCUGUGACCGGAUUCAGCGACAUCCGGGACCUGAUGGACGCUGGCAACAAAGCCCGGACAGUUGCGGCCACAAACAUGAACGAGACCUCGUCCAGGUCACAUGCUGUCUUCACCAUUGUCUUCACCCAAAAACGACGAGACCAGAUGACCAGCCUGGACACUGAGAAGGUCAGUAAGAUCAGUCUGGUCGACCUGGCUGGAAGCGAGCGAGCUGACUCGUCGGGGGCUAAGGGCACCAGGCUCAAGGAAGGCGCUAACAUCAAUAAAUCUCUCACCACGUUGGGAAAGGUGAUUUCCGCUUUGGCUGAAAUGCAGAGCAGUAAGAAGAGGAAAAGUGAUUUUAUUCCCUACAGAGACUCUGUGCUCACCUGGCUACUGAAGGAAAACCUGGGAGGAAACUCUCGAACAGCCAUGAUUGCUGCUCUAAGUCCUGCUGACAUCAACUAUGAAGAAACACUGAGCACCCUGAGAUAUGCUGACCGUGCCAAACAGAUCCGUUGUAACGCUGUGAUCAAUGAAGAUCCAAACGCCAAACUGAUCAGAGAGCUGAAGUCUGAAGUGGAACGACUGAGAAACCUGCUCUUCUCACAGGGCCUGCAGGAACUGCUGGAUAAUGCUGUCAACAACAACAAUGGCCCUGCUGGUGUUGCAGGUGUGUGCCCCUCCCCCCUGCAGCUGGCACUUGCAGCCAAUGGAAUCACAUCUCAGAAUGGCUCCGCCCCUCCAGUCGCAAGUGAGGCGUCUUCUUCAGGGGAUGCAGCGGCUGACCCAGACCACCUGAUCGACGAUGAAGAAGACGGGGAGGAGGACGUCGCUGCGGAGACCAUCAGUAAAGAGGAGGCAGCUGAGAGACUGAUGGAGACGGAGAAAAUCAUCGCUGAGCUAAACGAGACGUGGGAAGAGAAACUAAGAAAAACAGAAUCUAUACGACUCGAUAGAGAGUCCCUGCUGGCAGAAAUGGGCGUGUCCAUCAAAGAGGACGGGGGAACGUUGGGCGUCUUCUCUCCUAAAGGAACUCCUCACCUGGUCAACCUGAAUGAAGACCCUCUGAUGUCUGAGUGUCUCCUCUACUACAUCAAGGAGGGUUUCACCAGGGUUGGACAACAGGACGUGGACAUUAAACUGUCAGGACACUUUAUAAAGGAGAUUCACUGUGUGUUCGUCAGUGAGCUCAACGAGCAGGGAGAAGUGGUGGUCACUCUGGAGCCAUUAGUUGGAGCGGAGACUUACGUGAACGGGAAGGAGAUCGAUGACGCAGUCAUCCUCAAACAAGGUAACCGCAUCGUAAUGGGAAAGAACCAUGUGUUCCGCUUCAACCACCCGGAGCAGGCAAGGCUGGAGAGGGAGCGCAGUGUGACAGCUGAGCAGCAGGGGGAGCCAGAGGACUGGAACUACGCUCAGAAGGAGCUGCUGGAGAAACAAGGCAUCGACAUCAAACUGGAGAUGGAGAAGAGGCUGCAGGACAUGGAGACUCAGUAUCGUAAAGAGAAGGAGGAGGCUGAUCUGCUGCUGGAGCAACACAGGCUGUAUGCCGACAGUGACAGCGGUGACGACUCAGACAAACGCUCCUGUGAGGAGAGCUGGAGGCUGAUUUCCUCCCUGAGAGAGAAACUACCUGCCAACAAGGUACAGUCGAUCGUGAAGCGCUGUGGUCUGCCCAGCAGUGGGAAGAGGAGGGAGCCGCUCAGAGUCUAUCAGAUCCCUCAGAGGAGGAGGAUCAGCAAAGACCCCAAACGGGUCACCAUCGAAGACCUCCGCAUGCAGGCCGUCAAAGAGAUCUGCUACGAGGUGGCUCUGGGAGAUUUCCGUCACUCCCGCCAGGAGAUCGAGGCGCUGUCCAUUGUCAAGAUGAAGGAACUCUGUCGCAUGUACACCAAGAAGGACUCCAACGAGAGGGAGAGCUGGAGGGCCGUGGCCCAGGACGUAUGUGACACCGUGGGCAUCGGAGAGGAAAGGAGUCCCCCUGCCGAGGAGGGAGGAGGGGGAGGAGGAGGAGGAGAAGGGGGAGCAGGAGAGACGGGGGAGGGAGGACAGAAAGUAAAAGUGUACGACCUGAAGGCUCACAUCGAUAAACUGACAGACAUUUUGGAGGAGGUGAAGCUGCAGAACAACAUGAAGGACGAGGAGAUCAAAGCUCUGAGAGACAGAAUGAUCAAGAUGGAGAGCAUCAUACCUGUGCAGGAGGACGACAUGAAUGGGGAAGGAGAGGAGGGUGAUCAGAGAGACGAGGACGAAGGCAGUGGUGACGUCCCUAAGCAGCCGGAGGUCAAAGUUAAGCGGCUGAUGGACGUGGACCCGGCAUUCAGGAGAGGGCGCCUCCGCUGGCUGAAACAGGAACAGCAGAGAAUCCUGAACCUGCAGCAGCAGAACAUCACCAAGAAGCUCCGAGGACAGAGCCAGACCCAGGGUCAGAACACCCCCAUCGUCCCUGUUCACCUUCCGGGGACCGGCCGCUUCAUCCCUCCCCAGGAAUGCAAACUGAAGUUCCCCUUUAAGAGUAACCCCGCCCACCGGUUGUCAUGGGGACCAGCCAGCGCCGCCCUGCAAGCCCUGGGUCUAGGGGAAAGCGGAGGAGAUGGAUGGGAGGAGGGGGGGGGAAUGGAAGGUAAAACUUCUCCGUCACCUCCUCCCCCUCAGGGUCACUCUCCUGCUCUCUUGCCCCUCCCCUUCCAGGCCCCGCCCCCUCGCAUGCGCACCCCCAGCCCCCAUCGCGCCUGGCAGCAGCGUAAUCAAGGCAACCAGGGUAACCAGGGUAACCAGGGCGGCUUCAACUACCAUCAGCAGGGCAACAACCAAAACCACCAGCGGCGCUACCGACGCAACUCUUUGGAUAGCUCCACCCAUGGCAACAGUAACUACGACAGCGACCAGCAUCAAGGUGGCGAUGGCAGUGGCGGUCACCAGGGGCGACCAAGACAGAGGAGGGGGGUGUCACCAGGGCCUGGAGGGGAGUGGGGAGGAGGUAGAGGAGGAGGAGGAGGAGGAGGUGGGAGAGACAGAGACAGAGACGGAGGCUUCCAUUUUAAUCAACACCAGCACCAUCAGUUCCACCACCACCCCUACUACAAUCCCCACAAUGCACCAUUCCAGCCAGGACCUCACCCUAACUACCACAGCUUGCCACGCUCUGGGGCCCCGCCCCUUCCCGACAUGCUGAUUGGGGCGGGCCCACCGCCGGGGAUGUGGGGCUUCACCACUCCUCCGAGGAUGAGACGACAGUUCAGUGCACCGGACCUCAAACAAAACAAGGAGACGCCCAUCUGACCUCUGACCUCCGACACAUGGACUACUCUGAUUGGUUAAAGGGCACAGGGCGGUCCUGAUGCUGUAGAGAUGCGUGUGCGUGCGUGUCUGUGUGUGUGUGUGUGUUUUGCCGCACUUUUCUAGACUGAGUCAACCCAUCACACACAUCCUGUAUCUUCAAUCCUGCUGUGUGUGUGUGUGUGUGUGUGUGUGUGUGUGUGUGUGUGUGUGUGUGUAGCUUUUACGUUCACAGGUUAGCUGUUGCCAUUGCAACACUGUUUUAUUUUUUGCUGUUGGUUGGAUUGUCAAACAAGAUGGAAGUUUAUAAUGUAAUGACUUAGUUUUAUUGGUUUCAUUGGUCAUUGAUAUCGAUUGAAGUUGUGGUCACGAUCAGUCAUUUAUCACGAGGUGCUAACGUGUUAGCUCCUGAGGCUACUUCGUGUUAGCAGAAUUUUUUUUUUUAAAGAUGAAGUGCGUUGGGUUGAGUUUUAGGGCAGAGCGGAUGUUUGUACUUACACACACUUCAGUUUUAGCUCCAUUGUUUUAGCUGCUGUUAGCCCAGGAGGCUAACGACAGCUAACUAGCCUGAUUCAGCCUGAGCAUUCUGUGUUAGCUUGGGCUAGCCAGCUAGCAUGAGCAAGGGAUGGCUCUUUAGCUUUUCAGGCUAAUAGGUAGUGAAAUGCUACACAAGCCCAAGUUUAGCCUAGCCCAGCCAAGGCAGCAUUCAUGUUAUAUGGGAACUACAGGUUGUACGACUUCGAUUUCAACACAUUGAACUCAGUUUAGUUUUACAUUUAUUUUAGAUUGAAACUGUUUAUGAACUUAACAGCAAUAUCUUUUUCAUGUUGCACCAUUGAGGAGAGCUAACAUUUGGGAAUGAAAGGCAAAGUGACUACGUUUUAGCAUGAAUGCGCCAAGUUUCGCGUUCUGAAGAAAGACACAAAUGUGGUUCUAACUUUAAAUAGGGUUACGGUAAUGAAUGAACGAUGGAAUCGUGAGUUGAAUGAUUUGGGUGAUUUUCCGUUGUUGAAGCAGAGGUCGUACGCAAACUUGUUCCUCCCAUGUGACUUGAAUGCUGAGUCGCCAAGUGCUACAAACCAAAGAAAGCUGCUGUGUGGCGCCGCCUGCAGGUGAGCCGACGGCCACACUGCUGUACAGACAGACGGGGUCGAGGAUGUUGUAAAUGUUGAUGUGACUUGCGCGCAGAAUCGUUUUAAAGCGUGAUGUGUGUAUAUUUGAUUUGAGUUUCUAUGAAGAUGAAUCUAUUUUAAGAAAAAAAACGCUCAUGCGGAGUUCACUAUCAUAGGCAAUCGUGGGAAAAGCAGUAAGUGAUAGCUAAUGUGCGAUGAAGUAAUCAUGGUGGAUUAUAGUUUAUGUAGGGCUGUGUGAGGAGGGAACUCUGGGAAAUGUAGUCAGAGAGAGGAGUUUGAAUAGAGAAGGCAGAGAAUGAAGAGAAGGAGAUUUUGUUUUGAUGCUUUGUUUUUAAGAAACACGAGGACUCGUUCCUCCAUCAGGACCUGACACUACUUCAUAUUGAAUUUGUCCUGAAGAGACGAGUGAACACUGACUUCCUGCGACGGCAGGAAGAUGAAAACUGUGGCUUCCUCUCGUUUGAGAGUCACUUUAAAGACUGAUUUUUUUUUUUCAAUAUAACGACUGAGCUUUAACAGACUUUUUUUUUUUACUUCUGUAAAUAACAAGAAUCUUUAUUAUUGAUGAAUCAAUAAACGUUCAAAAGAGAGUAAAAAAAAAAAAAGUCUGAGGUGAAAGUCGAAAACAUUUUUAAGACGGAGAAAAGCUGAAUUGAUUUAUGACUGAACUGAUUGACAGUAAAACAGAUUAUUCUGUCGUUCGCUGAAUCGUUUCAGCUCUAAAAAUGUUUGCAAAGGUCAAAUUUUUCUGCUGCGUUCCCCGCACCUCUGAAAUGUAGGAUUUUGUAAAAACAGCCACAAAUUUUUGCCUUCCUGGGUCGAGCUGAACGUAGCGGUUGAGUUUUAAUGUCCCGCAAACGACAAAAAGUUUACUGUCAGGAGGGGCUGGGCGUUAAAACCCCACCCCCACACAGAGUAAGGCAUUGUGGGAGAUGACGAGUGGAGUUGUUGUGCUCCGUGACCUUGAAGACCUUCUCACAAAGGAGGUCGGAACCAACCAAUGGGAAACGCUCCCUCUGGUUGGGAGGUAGUUGCCACAAUAUUGAUGACAAAAACACAGGAAUUGAUUAUGAUUGGCCCGAGAAGCGUGACAUCAGCAGAUCUUAAUUUCCACCUUGUUUCGCUCUGCUGUCUCUGGUAUCGUGGGACAAUCUGGAUGACCUGUUGCCGCUGCCGGGCAUGAGGGGAAAAGAUGUUUUCCUAUUUGUUUAUGGUUUUUCAGUUUUUCUAUAUUUUUUUUUUUUUUUUGAUCUUAUUUUAUUUUCCAGUUUCCAGCUCUGGUCUCUGAUUGGCUGGUUUUUACUUUUUCUCUUUGUGUAUUCAUUUCUUUCGGAGUAUUUUAACCCCGCCUCCAUGUUUUUUUUUUUUGCUUCAUGAUGCCAACAUCACUAUUAUUGAUAUAAUUCUGAAGUUUUAAGUGUCUUUAAUGUUGGGUUCUUGCUGCUAAAGGGAGAUUGUUCGCCCUCAUGCAAAUGUCUGUGUGCGUGUCUGUGCGUGCGUGUCUCUAUGUGUGUGUGUGUGUGUGUGUGUGUGUGUGCGCGUGCGUGUGUGUGCCUGUCUCUGUGUGUGUGCGCAUUUCCUGGUUAAUUUAGAGUCAUAAUCAAAAGUUUGUUUUUCUUCAUAAAGCUGAUUUUAUUGUUUUUCUUUUACUCGUUUGUUUUUGGGAGUUUAAGGGUGGGGGGUCUGGCGGUUGUAGGAAGCCAUCUCCAUGGCAACUCGACUCAACAGAACUCCAACCUUCGAACCAUAUGAUCACAGCAUGAACACGGGCAUGGACAUGAUGACAUCACGGUGUAGCCCCCCUCCUAUUGGCUCGGUUGUUUGUGUGUCUGUGUUGUUGUAUCAGGAACCAAUCUCAGGCUCUACCUGCAGACAACAUGACGGCAAUAAAGUGUCGACAAACACGACUCCA